AUGCCUCCUCAUGGCGAGCGCGCACCGCUGUUGCAGCAGAGAUGGAGUGAAGAAGGAGAGCCCCGUACGCACCUGCGCAUCCAGGAUCUUUCCAGCGAUGAAAACCCACGCGAGUGGGCGCGAUGGCGGAAGAUGGCAAACGUUGCUGUAAUAGCGCUCAUGUCAAUUCUCAGCCCCCUUGUAUCUUCCAUGUUCACACCUGGUAUUGCGCAAAUCGCCGACGACCUGAAUUGCAGUACCACAGCCGUCAUUGGAACAACCACCGGUUUCGUGGUCAUGCUGGGCAUCGGCCCUUUGAUCCUCGCUCCUCUCUCCGAGACCUUUGGACGGAGGAAGAUUUACCUUGUUUGCUUCUCGGUAUUUGCUUUGUUGCAGAUACCCGCUGCGCUAGCGCCCAACAUUGCCUUCCUCAUCACAGUGCGCAGCAUCGCCGGCUUCUUUGGCAGUGUCGGCAUAGCCAAUGGCGGAGGAACGAUCAGCGACAUGUUCAUCCCUAGCGAAAGAGCUGGCGUCUUCGGCUGGUAUCUACUAGGUCCAUUACUUGGACCUACUCUAGGUCCACUAUUUGGCGGAAUCAUCGUACAACGCCUUGGCUGGCGCUGGAUCUUUUAUAUAAUGACGAUUGUGUGCUUUGUUAAUACUUUGGCGGGCUACUUCUUCUUACGCGAGACAUAUGCGCCACUCAUCCUGAGUCGCAAAAAGAUAGAAUACGAGUCACAAAGCUCAGAGUGGGAUGGCACGAAAUACUCGUACGAAGGCGAAGAUACGCGUCCACUAUCGGAGAAGCUGUCACAGGCCCUGAAGCGUCCCCCAAAGAUCUUCGCGCAGCCCAUCGUGGCCGUCAUGGCCGUCUACCAGGCCCUCAUCUUCGGAACCACAUACAGCAUCUACACCAAUAUGCAGCCCAUCUACCAGGACGACUACGGCUUCUCCACCGAACAAGUCGGUCUGCUAUACCUCGGACCUGGCUGUGGCUUCCUCUUCGCAGUCUGGUUCCUCGUCCCGCGCAUCGAUACAGUGUACAAGUCGCUGACUGCCAAGAACCACGAAAAAGCGAGACCCGAAUUCCGCCUCCCACUCGCCAACAUCGGCUCCGUCUUCAUCCCCAUGUCGCUCUUCUGGUUUGCCUGGGCGGUGGAGAAACACGCACAUUGGUUUGUGUCGAUUGCCGCAACCUUUUUCUACGGCAUCGGACAGGUCAUGAUUCUCAAUAGUACGCAGAAUUAUUUCAUCGAUAGCUUUGAAAAGUAUGCGGCUAGCGCUAUCGCGGCGGGUACCGUUUUCCGCAGUGUUGUUGGAGGUGUGGUCCCCAUGCUUGCGCCGGCACUGUUCGAUAAGUUGGGCUACGGGUGGGGAAUUAGUACUUUUGCGUUUGUUAGCUUGAUCUUGGCCCCGGCACCCAUUUUGUUCUAUCGGUUUGGAGAGAGGCUGAGGGCGCGCUUUCCGGUGGACUUGUAG